AUGCAGGACAAUGUAGGCAUGAUGAACGACACAAAUACAGCUGCUCUGAUGGAUGAGGAAAGACAUGGACUGAAAUCGCUCACUCUCUAUGAAAAUGCUUGUGAUCUCAUAAAAACGAGUGAAGAUGGUUUACAAAUUGAUCCGCCAGCUGCUAUCUUAAACAAUAUCGGAGCCUUGCACAUGACUUUGGAAAAUUAUGAAAGGGCGAAGGAGUACUUCGAAGCAGCGGAAGCUAAGCUCCAAGAAGAUUUGGAGGGAGAUCUGUGCGAUUCGAAACUUUCUUCCUAUGUCAUCACUAUGAGAUACAAUCUCGCUAGAUGUUUGGAACACUUGUGCUUGUUCGAAGACGCUGAAGUUUUAUACAAAGGCAUUUUGAGAGAAGAAGAAAAUUACACGGAUUGUUAUCUACGUCUCGGAUGUCUUGCACGCGAUCGAGGGCAGAUUUAUGAAUCAUCGGUGUGGUUCAAAGGAGCGAUAUCCGUUACUGUUGUAUAG